AUCAAAAAGGCUGCGGCUUUGCUUUGCAGAGUGGAAAAUGUUGCUGAAUUAUUAAAACAAACUCUUCAGACUUAGCUCUGAGAUUACUCACACACUCAGGAGGAGAAGCUGCCCGUUGACUGCGCUGUUUUACUGUCCACCUGCCUGCUGACACUGCAUUGACUGACUGUAGAGAGGAAGAACGAGACAGACUGUAAAUUUAGGAAGGAAGGAAGAAAGAAGAAGACGAAGUGUACAGGAGGGUUUUGUGCGUCAGAAAACCAUCUCGGCCCAGUUAAAACGCUCUGCCACACAUGAUAAAUAGGCUUGUUUGCAAAGGCUCAUGCUGAAGCGAGGGUCUCCUCUGCUUCUCUGCUCUGUGAAAGGAUCCACUGAUGAAGAGUUGUGCAGGGACGUGGUGCAGCUCCAGCCUCCCCCUCCACAGGGCUCAGAUGGGUGCUGCUUGUGCUCAGCUCCUGUUGACUGCCACCCUGUGGAUGAUGCCUCACAUGGGAGCUGCUGCUGCUGCUGCUGUGCUGACGAGCUCCACAGAGCUGCUCAACACGACCAGGGCUGGACCUGAGACAGAGUCUGACUUCAGGGUGCUCACUGGAGCUGUCGGUGCACCUCACAGCAGACGUAAGCGAGCCAUUUCAUUCAAAGAAAUCAACGCCCUGCUGGAUUACCACAACCGAGUCCGCUCUCAGGUCUUCCCCCCUGCAGCCAACAUGGAGUACAUGCUCUGGGAUGAGGGACUUGCUAAGUCAGCUGACUCUUGGGCUUCACGAUGCGUUUGGGAUCACGGCCCGACACAGGCCAUGAAAUACAUGGGCCAAAACCUGUCAAUCACUUCAGGAAGGUACCAGUCCAUCACUGAUCUGGUCAGGUCCUGGUACGAUGAGCGGCACCACUUCUCCUACCCGAACAGAUGCAGUGGAUCAGUGUGUUCUCACUACACACAGAUGGUGUGGGCGAGCACCAACAAAAUGGGAUGUGCUGUCAGGAAGUGCUCUAAUAUGUACGUGUUUGGGAGCACCUGGAGGGAGGCGAUGCUGCUGGUCUGCAACUACUCUAUAAAAGGAAACUGGGUGGGAGAGGCUCCCUAUAAGAGCGGGAAGCCUUGUUCCGUCUGUCCUUCCAGCUACGGCGGCUCCUGCUGGAGAAACCAGUGCUCCCCAAACACAAAACCCAAAAGACUUGCAAGAUAUUAACACGACACAGUGUUUUAAAGGUGUUUUAAUGGAAGAAAGAGAAAAAUUACAAAGUCAUAAUCCAUGUAAAGUCUUACCGUUUUAACCGACACAAGGGCUGCAUAACAAGAAAACUAUGACAAAUAGAAAAUGAUGCAGCUGUCCAGUUACACUACAUUCAAAGUGAAUCUUCAUUAAUGUUUCACACACAGUUGAGCUGAUGUAGGGGUAUGAAUGAAUCCACAUGUCACUAAGAAAAUAAUAUUGAAAACAAGAAGUAAUUUUCUUUCAUUGGGUGAAAUAGUUGCCUGUUUUUAUACUUGUUGAAGACAUCUACAGCGAGUUUUUGCACUGUUAUUGAUGAAUUUGUUGGUUUAAGUGACUUUUGAGAGGCAUUGACCAAAAUUGAAGCACUUUUGUUGUACAGAUUAUACUUACGGUAACCUUGGAUGUGUUAUUGAUUCUCUUUCUAACUUGAUUGAACAUUUUUCUUUGUUCAGUGUGAAAAACUUCAUUCCUGCAGUAAACUCGAAUUUGUUUAAUUCAGGGUUGUCUGUUUGCCUGACUGAAUAUUAAUUACGUUAUAAAUAACUGAUGACGCUGUAUGUCCCUAUAAAUAAUCUGCUGUGCACUA